AUGUCGUUUUAUUUUGAGGCAAAUUACGGAUUGCCAAGUGAAUGGAAUUCCACUUACUACUAUUACGACGGAAGUUAUUUCGAAAAACGAAGUCUCAGUCGUCAACUGAUAUACAGCUUGUUCACAAACAAACUGGAAAGUCUGGGCUAUCCUGGACAAGAUUGUUUGUUGAAAGUAAUUUGUCAAGCUGCAAAAUAUGCUUUAAGCGAAAACGGUGUGCUUGAUAAUAUUCUCAAAAUCAUAUUAUUCACGUAUAAACCUUUCACGUCGAGAAGCGAGGAGCUUCCGAAUGAGAUCACGCAAGCUGAGCACGAGCAACUUUGCGAUCAACGUUACGAAAACUGUUCUCUGAAUCCUUUAGAUUUAAUAAGUCAUUACGUCGAUUAUUAA